CAAAAUCACAAAAGCAGUUACGUCACCUUCAACUCACUCAUCCGAUAUGGCACCGGUUCCAAAAUCUAAUGGAGAUGCAGAAGAGGUAAAGAGGCGUGGUCGACCCAAAGGUGCAAGAAACAAAGCCACCCUUCUUUCGUCUUUGGCACUGGCUCCAAAAUCGAAGACGAUUGGCGAGGCACAGAGGAAGCGUGGUCGGCCCAAAGGAGCAAAGAAUAAGUCUACCGUUCCGGCGCCCAAAACCGUCAAGGCAAAGAAAAUUGCUCCGAACACGAAGGUCGGCGGGAAACGAGGUCGACCCAAAACGAAGACGGACACAGAAUAUCCUGUGAAGUUCGUAAACCUUGUUCUCGCGGCCUUCCAAGCUCUAGACAACCGCAAGGGAUCGUCUCUUCAGGCAAUCAAGAAAUACCUUAAGGAGAAUGAUGGAAUUGAUUCACAGAAGAAAGCCAUUUACAUUAACAAGUCUGUCCGAAAACUGACCGAGGAUGGAACCUUGCGCCAUCGCGUAGGAGUUGGGGUCAGAGGGACGUUCAAACUGGCUUCAGCAUAGUUAUGACAAGGCACCUUAAGAGUUUAGAAUAAUGUUUAUAUUUAGACGCACUCAUUUAUUAGAAUAAAGUAUUAUGAUUGUC